AUGCCGGGCUUCACGUGCUGCGUGCCGGGCUGCUACAACAACUCCCACCGGGACAAGGCGCUGCACUUCUACACCUUCCCCAAGGACGCGGAGCUGCGGCGCCAGUGGCUCAAGAACGUGUCCCGGGCCGGCGUCAGCGGCUGCUUCUCCACCUUCCAGCCCACGGCCGGCCACCGCCUGUGCAGCGUCCACUUCCAGGGCGGCCGCAAGACCUACACGGUGCGCGUUCCCACCAUCUUCCCGCUGCGCGGCGUCAACGAGCGCAAGGCUCGGCGGCCCGGGGGCGGCGGGGCGGCGGGGGCGGCCGCCCGACGGAGGCAGCAGCAGCAGCAGCAGUUGCAGCAGCAGCCUCCCCAACCUCAGCAGCAGCCGCCGCAGCCGCCGGCCGCGCUUCCGGCCCCGUCGCAGGCGUCCCUGGUGUCCGCCUCGGCCGCCGUGCUGCUCACCCUGCAGGCGGCCGUGGAGAGCGGCCCCACCGCCGCCGCGCCCCCACAACCCCCGGCCGGGGACGACGUGAAGCCUAUCGACCUGACGGUGCAGGUGGAGUUCGCCUCGGCGGAGGGGGCCGCCGCCCCAGAGCUCGGCGUCCCCGCGGUGCCCGCGGCCGCCUCGGGGCCCAGGCUGGUGGUCGUGGGCGAGGAGGGCUUCCCCGACACGGGCUCGGACCACUCCUAUUCGCUGUCCUCCGGCACUACGGAGGAAGAGCUGCUGCGGAAGCUGAAUGAGCAGCGCGAUAUCCUGGCCCUGAUGGAGGUUAAGAUGAAGGAGAUGAAAGGCAGCAUCCGCCACCUGCGGCUCACGGAGGCCAAGCUUCGGGAGGAGCUCCGAGAGAAGGACCGGCUGUUGGCCAUGGCUGUUAUCCGCAAGAAGCACGGGAUGUGAGGAAGGCUCCUGUGUCCUGCCUGCCCCCUAUACUGGACUCCUGAGUUACCACCUGCCUGCCAGUUCUGCCUGGGGUUGGGGUAGGGGUAGCCCCUGCCACUGACACAGUUGGACUCCUGGAUGGUACCCACCCUCCCUUCCUCUGCAGUUGAACUCCUGGCCUGGCAUCCACCAUCCUUGACUGCAGACCGAACGAGCCCAGGCACCCUCACUUGUUGCCUCUUAUCCUCAGACUCUGACAUUACUGUACUUAGCCCAAACACCUUCUUGAGUCGGGGGCCUGGGGUAGCUGGGGCCCCCUCAGUUUUGUGCAUUUGUCAUGCCAGCUGGUAUGAUCAGGACUUGUUCUCUGUUUCUGUUUGGAGCUCUUUUUAUGACCAUGGGAUUUAAAGUGAUCACUGUUUGGAACUCAUCCUUGGGGUUAUGGGUGGGGAGGCAGGCUCCAGGGAACCAUAUGUGGGCAAUUUGACCUUGGAGUUGAUCAGAGACAGUCCCUUUCUGUGUAGUGACAAAGGCAGAGUUGGGACCCAGGUCCCAAGAAGCAUCUAAUGCUUAUUCCCCCUUCCCCUGUCCCUCCACCCUUCAGCUUUUCCUUUUCCUAUCCCAGUUUUGGACUGUGAUUCCAAUAGGGGGAUGUGAUGAACUGGAGUCAGACCUAUUAAGUUUUUCCUGGGUGGUUGUGAGCAGGAUGUUCCUCUCUCUGUCUCUUGUCUGGCAGUUUGUCUUUGAGGGGAAACUGGGUAACCUUUCUGAGGUAGACCCAAUUUGCCAGGGACUUGGGUUUUUUUUUUUUUAAACAAACCAAAAAAAAAAAAACCAUCCUGGUGAUAUGUUUGCUACUGGUUACAAAUAAUUAUAUUUUCUGUACAAUUAGACUAAAGUUUUCACUGUGUCCUGUUUGGCAAAGCAAAUUAAAAUGUAAGGUUUUUAUUUGGGUUUGGGGGUUCUUAUUUUCAAAUAGAGAUGAGUCUGUUCACAAAAGUCCCUAAAGUAGAAUCCUAAAUAUUACCUAGAGAUGCCAAAGGUCUAGUGGGAGGGUUGGUGGCUUUGGGAACUGAAUUCCUAUUAGAUCUUAGGGAAUUUCGGACUAGAGUUCCACCAGGGAGAGGGAAAAGUAUCUUGGUAAAAGUUAAGAGGGAAAGGAUGCUUGCAAUAGAGCAAACAGCACUGGACUUGAAGUCAGCCAGUCUUGGAUUAAAAACUUCAACACUGA